AUGGAUACUACUAAGGAACUCCCUGUCAUUAGUUUCACCGGAGAAAACCUAAAGCCCGGCACGAAAAGCUGGAGAUCAACAUGCAAAGCCGUGAGGGAAGCCAUGGAAGAGUUCAGCUCUUUCAUCGCCGUUUACGACAACGACGGUAAACUAGGUGGUCCCGGUCCGGAGCUCAUGAGAUCGGUCUUCUCUUCGAUGGAGGAGUUUUUUGAUCUCCCUAAGGAGACCAAAUUAAUCAACACGUCUCAGAUGCCGGGGUUUGGUUAUUUCGGAGAAAUUUCGGAAAAUCUACUUGAAACCGCCGGAAUCGGAGACUCAACAAACGUUGAAGCAGUUCGACGGUUUUCGGAUCUCAUGUGGCCCUCCGGCAACGAUAAAUUUUGUGAAACAAUGAACGGGUACGCAGCACAAGUUUCAAAGUAUGGAGAAAUAGUAACAAGAAUGGUGUUUGAGAGCUACGGUGUUGAAAAAUAUUGUGAUUCUCAUGUUGAUUCAUCGUCGUAUCUCCUCAGAAUCAACACUUACAGGGUACCCAAAUUAAAGGAAACAAAUGUGGGGGUUCAUGCCCAUACUGACGCAACUUUUAUCUCUAUUCUUAAACAAGAUGAAGCAAGAGGGUUGGAGGUGCAAUAUUCAAAAGAUGGUGCUUGGAUUCCUGUUGAUUUCCCACCAUCUUCUUUCGCUAUUAUUGCAGGGGACGCCUUACUAGCAUGGAGUAAUGGCAAAAUACAACCUUGUUUUCACAGGGUUACAAUAGCAGAUAAACCAAGAUUGUCAAUUGGGUUAUUUUGUUUUCAUAAGGGAAUAGUUCAAGUACCAAAGGAGUUUGCUGUUGGGGAGGAUAUUAUGAAUCAUUAUCCGAAUUUGAUGAUGAGCUGGGAAAGGCUAGAAAUCCUCAUUAGAAGUUUCAGGGCUUUGAUCAGGCCUCUGUUAAAUUGGAGUGAUCAAUACCAAGACGGAUUGAAAGAAGGGCUACAGGAUGUUGACGAUUUGCUUCAGAUGUUCCUUCUUCAGGAACUUGAUCAGCAAAAAAGGGCGUCUUCCAAUUUCGCAACCAUAACAAAAGAGAUGGAGCAGGUUCUUCUUCAGUGUCAACUGACGCAUUCGAGCCAUUGUAGUAUGAGAACAUGGAAGGGAGUUGAGCAUACAGUGAGUUUCAUGGAUUCUGUUUUACAGAAUUUCCGGGAUGAGGUAAAGAAAGAUGUCGAUGAUGCAUUUAUUUCUCCUGCAAAGAAAGGUAUAUUAGAUAUCUGUGAUGAGCUUAAGUUGAUGAAUGAUAUGUUUUGGCUGAUAAACUUGAUCCCCGGAACCAUGUAUCUCAUCACAUGUUUAGAUGUGGCAUUUAUUAUUGAGAAGAUAGGGGUGGAAAUCUCAUGUUUGCUUUACAACUGGAUCAUGGACAACAUGGAUGAUGCAGAGCUGCUUGGUUAUUUGAAAGAAGAUUUCUAUAGCCUCCAGGAAAAGAGCAAAGAAGGAAAAGGUUCAGUAAUGCUGUCAGAAAGAAUGAAUUCACUUUGCAAUUCCGUGCGAAAUUUCAUUUUGGAUACUGGAUUUCUCAUUUACUUUUCUCGACUUGAUCACAAAGGUAGGAGGGGAAAUCACAGAGCCGAGCAAGGAUCUAGUUAUGCCUCCCAAACUAACAAAGAGGAGGGGGAUGAGAAAGAGAGAACCAAGUACAGGUGGUUUCAACUGCCUUGUUUCCUUCAUGAUGUUACCUCUCUGAAGCAACAGGCAAAUGACUUGGUUAGUGUUUGUAAUCAGGUCUUUUCUUCUUCCAGGAUAACGUAUAGCAGCAGGAACCCGAUGGUAUCAGCAAGUUUCAAGGAUAAAUCAAAAGACAUGAAGAUGGAGGAAUCUCAUGAUAAACUGGUUGGUAUGAGAGAUACCACCAUGGAGGUCAUUCAUCUACUUACUAGCAUUAAAGCAACUCGGUUAACAAGUCUCUCGAUUGUGGGCAUGCCAGGACUUGGUAAGACGACCCUUGCUAGUUCAGUGUACAAGCAUCCCUCAAUAGUUACUCACUUUCAUGUCCGCGCUUGGUGUCGUGCAUCUCAGUUCAAUAUCAAAGAAGCCUUGCUGUCAGAGAUAUGGUGCCAUAUUGGGGGAAAAGCCAAUGAAACUCAUGAGAUGGUAAGAGAAGAUAUUGCUCUUAAAGUUUAUCAAACUUUGAAGGGCAUGAAGUACCUUAUAGUUAUAGAUGAUAUAUGGGAUGCUGAGUUAUGGAAUGAUUUGAAGGAAUCUUUUCCUGAUGACCACAAUGGGAGUAGGAUUUUAUUCACCACUCAACGUCGUGCUGUUGCCUUGGAAAUUAAUAGUAUUCCUUACGCUCUUCGCCUUCUUUCUGAUGAGAAGAGCUCUAAACUAUUGCUGCUGCACGUGUUUGAUGGCGGAAACUGCCCUGCUGAGCUAUCAAUGAUCUCAAAACGCAUUGCGAGGAAUUGCAAAGGGCUACCCCUUGCUGUGGUUUUGACUGCUGGAAUCCUGAAAAAGACCGAAAGCAGAAAAGUCUGCUGGGAACAAGUUGCUAAAAAAGUCUUUAGUUUGCGCAGAGAACGAGAAAAAUACUGUGAACUAAAGGAUGUCACUAAUAUAGUGGCAUUCAGCUAUAAGCAGUUGCCUGAUUUCUUGAAGCCGUGCUUUUAUUAUUUUGGAGCAUUCCCUGUGGACACUUCAAUUUCCGUAUCAAAGUUAACAAAAUUAUGGAUAUCUGAAGGUUUUGUGCAGAAACAGGAUCUUGGGCAGAAGCAUUUAAAACAAAAGGCUGAGGAUUUCUUACAGGAGCUAAUAGACCGAAGUCUUGUAAUGAUUGCCAAAAGGAGUUCCAAAGGUGGGGUCAAAGCGUGCCGUGUUCAUACUGUGAUACGACAGUUUUGCUCUGAGAUGCUGCGUUCAAAAGUGCACGUUUUAGAAGAAAACGCCUUGGACGCAUAUUCUUCUUUCCAUCAUAAUCUCAAUGUUCGUAGCACCACCUAUUUAUUUCACUAUAGAUCAUAUCCAGCUACCAAAUUUGGUCGUUUCCAAUUCCAAGAUGUUUCCGAUGGUUCAAAUUUUAGGCCUCGACUAGGACAUACUGAAAAGAUAGUGUUCGGAAAUGAACCUGGUGUUGUCAGAGGGGUAAUCUCAGAAGGCGGGUUGCUGAUGUGCACCCGAACUAAUCAAAGCAAACGCUUCGAUUAUGGCUUGAUUUCCAAGUUCCUGUCCCUUCAAGUGUUGGACCUGGGAAAUGUUAGAGUUGAAAGCAGUGCAGACACUUCAGAUCUUGUCACGAUAGCGAAGCUGAUUCAUUUGAGAUAUUUAUCCAUCAGGCUCAGGAGAAACAAACUGCCUCCGGAAAUAGGUAACCUUCAAAACUUGGAAACUUUAGUUCUAAGUGGAGUAAUUGGUAUUAUCCUGUUACCAUGGUCGACUAAGAAUUUAUCAAGUUUGAGGCAUUUGCUAUCGGAUCACGGGAUCUUCAUAUUUCCUCAGUCUUUCAUUGAAUUACAAUCCUUUGACAUCCAUUUUCCCCUGCUGGAUAACCUGACAUCCAUUUCCACCCUUCCCCUGAAACGUGGAAACAAAGUUGAGAACUUCGUCUUGAGGAGGCUUCCUGGCAUUCAGAAAUUGGGUUGCAGAUUUUUCUCCGAUGCGUGGGAUAAUUCUACAGGUUUUAGUAUGUUUCCAGAGCUAGACUUCUUGAAUGAACUUGAAUCACUCAAUAUCACCUUCUCAGGGAAAGUUGUGAGUCCCUGUAGAUUCAGUUUCCCAUCAAACCUCACGAAGUUGUCCAUUUCAAACUCUCGCCUGCCGUGGGAGGAAAUUUCAGUCAUUGCUCGAUUAGUACCGCAUCUUCAGGUUUUAAAAUUGCUCGGUAAAGCAUUUGAAGGGCUGAAAUGGGAAAUGGUAGACGGAGGUGAAUUCCCAAAGCUGAAAUUCUUGAGGCUAGAAUCCCUGGAUAUCGAGGUAUGGGACGCCAAUGCUCCUGAUCAUCUGCCUUUUCUUGAGCAACUUGUGGUGUUGCAUUGCCCACAAUUAAAGGAGAUCCCUUCUUCUUUUGGUGAUAUUGCCACUCUGAAGUCGAUUGAGCUCGACGGGUGCAGCUCUUCUGCCAUGGACUCUGUCAAUGAAAUCCUGGAAUACCAGCGUGAUAUGUGCAAUGAUGAGCUCUCUGUCACACUUGGCAGUCCAGCAUGA